CUCAGCUGCGUUCAUUGAGCGCCGGAGAGAGACCCGCUGUGUUUGGUGCUCGGCGCAGGCAAAGACAGAAGACACUUUCCCGGGGAUUGCCUUGAGAGUUUGACUCCAGUUCGGAACCCCCCCCCCCUCCCUCCUCCUGCGCUGCUGUCGGACUGUAUUCUCUCUGAUCUGCAGCUGCUAAAUCAUCAACCAGCUUGGACAUGGCCAAAAGGAAGAUGGAUAGCAUAGAGCAGAGUGGGAUGGUGGCACUCAUACUGCUGUGUAAUCUAACAAAGAUUUUCGUGAAGGCAAGCAUGGAGACAAAUGAGACCCAGCAGCAGCAUCCAACCCACGUCUACCAUGAGAUUGGACUCACCAGAAACAAGAUAGUUACAGCACAGUUUGAGUGCUAUCAAAAGAUAAUGAAGGAUGAUACCCAGGACAGACAGGAGCCCAUGUGUAAUCGCACUUGGGAUGGCUGGCUGUGUUGGGACGACACCAAGGCAGGGGUUCACUCCGAGCAGCACUGCCCCGACUACUUCCAGGAUUUUGAUCCUUCAGAGAUGGUGACGAAAAUUUGCAGCGAUAGCGGUCAUUGGUUCAUGCAUCCGGAGAGCAACCGGACAUGGACCAACUACACCCGCUGCAAUAAACACACCAAUGAAAGCAGAGUGACUGCAAUGAAUCUUUUCUAUUUAGCUCUCAUAGGACAUGGUCUGUCACUGACCUCCCUCUUCGUCUCCCUCGGGAUAUUCUUCCAUUUCAAGAGUUUAAGCUGCCAAAGGAUCACGCUUCAUAAAAACCUCUUCUUCUCUUUUGUUCUGAACUCUGUGAUCACCAUCAUUUGGUUGACCGCAGUGGCAAACAACCAGGAGCUGGUGCAGAGGAAUCCAACGAGCUGUAAAGUGUCCCAGUUCAUUCAUCUGUACCUGUUCGGCUGCAAUUACUUCUGGAUGCUGUGUGAGGGAAUAUACCUGCACACUCUCAUCGUGGUGGCUGUGUUUGCGGAGAAGCAGCACCUGAUGUGGUACUAUCUUUUAGGCUGGGGCUUUCCUCUCAUUCCUGCCUCCAUACAUGCCGCUGCUCGGAGUUACUACUACAACGACAACUGUUGGAUUAGCUCCAAAACAUCGCUACUCUACAUCAUCCACGGUCCCAUCUGUGCUGCUCUUUUGGUCAAUCUGUUCUUUCUGCUAAACAUUGUGCGAGUGCUCAUCACCAAACUGAAGGUGACCCACCAAGCCGAGUCCAGUCUCUACAUGAAAGCCGUGAGAGCCACCCUCAUCCUGGUGCCUCUCCUGGGAAUUCAGUACGUCCUGCUUCCCUAUAAGCCAGAGGGACGGGUCUCCUCGGAAAUAUACGACUACAUCAUGCACAUUCUAAUGCAUUACCAGGGUCUGCUGGUGGCCACCAUCUUCUGCUUUUUCAACGGAGAAGUCCAAGCGGUUCUGAGGAGGCACUGGAACCAGUAUCAGAUCCAGUUUGGCAGCAGCGUGGGAAACCAGUCGGAUGCGCUGCGUUCAGCCUCCUACACGGCGUCCUCCAUCACAGAGGUACAGGGUUGCUACAGCAUCGACACAGAACACAUGAACGGCAAGAGCUGCCACGACGCCGACGCCUCUAUCCUAAAGUCAGACAGCCCCUUCGCCUGACCACAACACUCUUUCCAAACCCUGCCCGCCCCAUCCCCCCCCCUUUUAAAACUGCAGCAUGUUGAAAGUGACCGUGUCAUCCAGGGGAACUCGCCUUUUCCUUUUUGAUACAAUGUCGGAAGCACUGAGUGUGGAAAAGGAUAGUGUACCCAGGCUCUCACCCAACUGAAGGAAAUUGUCCCAGCGACACAGGCCCUUUAACGGUAAUUGUACGGCGAGCUCGGUUCAACUAUUCCUGCGCUGUGUUUUGUCUACAAUUUCACACUGAACUGCUUCACUUGACCUAAGAUGCAUUCUGAUAAUCACAGUAGUGUUGCGACCUUUCUGCCUGACAAAAAUAGUUUUGACAUGGCUGAAUAUUAACGGUUAAUAAACCGCUUUCACUGUCCUUUUGAACAAAAAGCCUUUAAGUUACACUGUAAAUUCAUUGACAUGGUUAGUGCCAAACCAAGAAGUCCUUGCCUGCCUCAUUUAUAAUUUUUUUAUUUUCAAUACAGAAUCGAAACGAAGAUAGGAUGUCUAACAGGUGCAUAAUAAUAGAUUCAAGCUAUAUUAUCUCCUUCACAUGUUAAACUUAAUUUAUCUGAUCGUAUUCUUGUUUAUUAAAUGAAAAUGAAAUAAAUACCCUACAGUAUUUAUUGAAAGUUGACAUGCUACAUUUUUUUUCAAAAUUGUUGCCAGCUUCAUGUAAACAUUCAAUAUAUUUCUUAAUUGUUUCAGUGUUUGUUUCAAUGUGUGCGGUUAAUGGAGAUGUUUUAGAGAAUCAUACAUUAACUUGCAAGCUAAAUUUUUUUUUUAUAGAGAUUUCAUCAUGCUAAUGUUUGAGCGUGUUUAAGUGAUCCUUAGUGACCUGUGCAUCCUGUUCACCACAUGGUAGGCUGUAAUGUAACAUGUUAACACAAUCUUUUCACCAAGAAGCCAUCUUGCAAUCACAUGUACUCCAAUAUCAACUCAUUAUACGCCCGAAUGUAACGGUGAAGUUGGAAGACCUGGCUCUGAACAUUUAUGUAUCACAUUCCCAUUCACUGCUGUCUUUAGCCUUACUCCUUUUAGAUUACUUAAUUAUAACCAAUAUAUAAGCAUUACCAGGUGUUCAGACCGAAAACAGCACUGUGUUAAAAAUGUUUUGGGCUAACCGUGAAAGAAGGAAUUACGAUCCAGCAAGGCCAGUUUGAGUGAUACAUUUAUGACUUUUAAAGGAUAGGUUUGGAUUUUUCAAUGUCAAUUUUAUUACAAUGCUUACACAUUGAAAGAGUUAUUGGUGGCUGUAAUACUUCCUUCUGUUCGUUGCAAGCGGCAACUUCCGGGCCUGAAAAGUGAAGCCGAUGCGGAAAUGCCUUAAACCUGCAUUAUUUCUCAUUUCCAGCAAAAAAGAAGUGUAAUUUAAUAGAAAUCUAUGAGAAAAUGACCCCUAUUCUUGCUUGAUUUAUUACCUCAGUAAACAUUUUCCUAAUGAGUUUAUGGUCUCAAUUGCUAGCGUCUAGUCUUCUUCAAUACAACAUUAUGUACAUUAAGUAAAUUAGGGUCCAUUUAUUUUAAAAUAGAUGAUGAAGCGGGGGAGCGUGGCUAACUUGUGACUGACAAGUCGCUACCAUGGUGUCCUUGGGUUCUUACUCAGAUCCACCCCUCACUCCUCCCCAGCUCCACCCUCUCGCCCAAAUAUGUUUAUUCUGGCUACAAAGAAACAAGAUGGUGACAGCCAAAAUGCCCAAUGAACCCAAGGCUUCAAAACUGUAGUCCACAAACCAGUGGGGGAUGUCACGGUGGCUACAUCCACUUCUUUUAUGCAUACUUCUUUUAUGCAGUCUAUGGUUUGUACUAGCUGUGAAUCAAUGCCUUCAUACUAGUGCUUUAUUGUAAGAAAUAGGGGAACAAAUCCUGUCCAGUGCAAAAAAAUGCAUUCUAAAGGUAAUUUUGUUAGCCAAAUCUAGUAAGUAUCUUUAUGCUACCUACUUGCGGUUGUAGGUUUAUUUUCGUAAACCACAAAGAGGAAAUGUUGUAAUAAAAAGGCCAUAACUUGAGAAGAUACCCACCUUUAAUGGCUAACUCAGACAGCUGACGCCUGAUUAGAUUUUGGCAGAAUUUUGUUCCCAGUCAGAAACAAUUACAGCAACCAAUAACACUUUCAACAAACAGCCUAUGGCAUGUGAGUAUCGUGUUAGCAUAGAAACUAAGACUCCAAAGAGUUAAAACAAUAUGAGGGAAAAUUCUAGAAAACUGAAACUUUAUCAUGGUGAAAAUAUUUUUUUAUUAUGCCCUGAUGAUUGUGAGGUUUACCGUAUACAUUGUUACAGAAGAAUGUGCAUCUGCACCUUUUUAAUUGGCCAGUGCAGUGCGUUUCCAGAUGAUGCCUGGAUUGCAUUGCAGCAAAAGUCGAGUCAGGUUUGACUUCUUUGCAGGACAAGCCUGUGAUUCUUCAACCGGAGCCCACUGCAACAGAGCAGUGACAAAGCUUUUUUAAGUGCUAAUGUCAGUCUGAACACAGCCUUAUUCGGAAGUGAUGAUAUUAUCACGUCUCACAAGAAACUGUGCAAAUAUGAUACUGCAAAAAAAACCAACAUUCUGUGUAAAGCAUUUAGCUAAAGAUGGCUGUGUCUAAACCAGGUCAGAAACCUUUUACAUGUAUGCUUUCAUCCACACAAACCCAAAACCUUUCUGUACUUUUUUCAAUUUAGAACAUUUUUAGCACAUCGUCCAUAAUGCUGGGAACAGUGCUGGAAAGUCACUAUCAGCUGAUGUAAAUAUUUUUUGUAAAUCUAGCGUUUCUGAUAAGAGGGCAAGUUGAACAUGCGUUUGUGUGCACAUGAUUUAUAUAUACAGUAUUUAUGAGUACAUUAUACUUAGACGCAUUUAACCAUGAAGCAACCGUCUUAUGUGACAGUGUGUGGGACGUUGAUAGAGAAGUUGUUUGUUCUACUUGUUCUGUGUUUUAAAAAGGGUGGGUGGGAAAUGGGCCGGGAGCUUGCAACAAGCGGCUGUAUCUGUCUGCCCAUAUUAUUUUCCAUCAUCCUUGGUAGAGUCUGUCCCCUUUCUAUUUUGCCUACAUUUGAAAGUGAAGAAAGAAAAGCAUCACUGCCUUAUGUGUAAGUUAUUUAUGCCAUACUAGCAGAACAGACAUAAAUAUGUUUCCUGAAACAAAUAGCGCAAGUCUGCAAUGCGAAGCCUCACAUUCAACCUUCCGGAGGGCAUGUUUUCUUUACUAUUUCAGUGAAGAGUAUUGAAGACAAAAAUAUGUCCCAACUUUUUCAAGUUAAUUCACUUUUUGACUUUCCAGUCAGUAACUUUUGCUGCAACCCUGUCUCCUAAAAAAAAAAUGACGUUCUCAUACAGCAACACUGCAUUCUCAGUUACGUUUCGAGGAGAAAGUAUUUUUCAGCGACUGACGCACGUUGUGGAACGGUCGCUGUUUUAAACAUGCUAACGUUGUGAAUUGAAACAAAACUACUUGGAUAGGUUUAGAAAUGUCAUGGUUUGGGUUCAUAGAAGCAUGUCUGUUACAUAACUUCAAAUAUAUACACGGUUUGUGAUACGCCAAAGACAAACAUAAUCCGGGACAAAAUACAUUUCCCUCAAAACGUAGUUGAGAAUGCAGUGUCGUAUGUUAACAUCAUUGUUAGGAGACAGGGCUGUUUAUCUCUAUUUUCUUUUCUUUCUUUAUAAUGAUUUCUGAAUGUCUCUAUAUUCUCAUCAGUGAUGUCCACACACAACAGGUAAAGUGACAUUAAAAAAGAAACUAAAAAAACGUAUACAUUACUUUCUGUGCAAAAGUGUUCUUGGUUGCCAAUGUUUGAGGUAAAGGGUAUAUUUCAGACACAGUAUUCUAAGUAACCUCUAUCAGUAUCACACAUACAGUACACUUUGUACUUUUUUAUGCCAGAUCUGCAGGACAGUUUCUCCAUUUACACAAUAACUAUAAAGCUUACAUUCAUGGCUGCCACAGUUGUGAUUUGCAGCAAGUGAUUCAUGUACAUUGACAGCAGUAUGAAGUCUUCAUAAACCAAAGCAUUUACUAUGUUGUGAUGCAUCAUAAUCUUUUAUGAAGCUACAGUAAUUUCAUUACAACCGUGGAAAAGUAAGAGACGUCCGUCAAAUGUAGUAACUCUUAUGUACCAUUUAAGUUGUGUAUUUAUGUGUGAAAUAUUUUCAUAGGACUCUCCAAAGGGUUUGUGAAGUUCCCAGUGACACGUUUGUGACAUGUUGUGAAGUAUGACAAAAGCAUUGAGGGCAAUGUCUGUAGUUUUUGUUUAUACUGUACUGUAUUUAACUUUGGUAGUCUUGACACAUUGACUCCACACUGCUGUUUGAAUGUAACUGGUUGGUUUUAUUCUCUGUGAAAAAACAUAUAUGUAUCUUUUAUUAUUUUACUGAAUAAGACAAUGUUGCUAUCUUGUGUGUAUCUGCUUACUAAUACAGUAUAGCACAGCA